GUCGUCGGGAUCGCGGCUGAGCUUGAUUGACGGGUAAUGUUGGCCUGGUGUCGGCGCUUGGCGGUGGUGGGUCCUCCGGGCCAGUGGUCGGCCGAGUCAGUCAUCAAGUUUAAUGUCAACGGAAAAGAGUGAUAGUGACGGUGCCGCCAACCAGGAUCCCGAGUCGUCCGACAGUGCGAGCGCGCUCCAAGUCCCUCAGCCGAGAGAGAGUCCCAGUCGCAGUUCCUCCAUGUCUAGGUUAAGUCAGCCCGACGCGGGACAGUGGGCCGAUCAGAAAAGCGGAUCAACAGAAUUGCGGGGGACCUCGGCCCGGAGCGAGAACGAAAAUGACGACUCGGACUCGGAGCUGUCGGACUCGGAGAAUUUUUUGGCCAAAGGCGCCUUCCUCCUGACGCCGAGCAACGACCUGACCAUGGAGAAGGCCAGCUCCAUCUGCGAAAAAAUGAACUUCAAAGGCCCCUACUCCCUAACCAAAACAGCUACAGGUAUUCUAUUCAAAUUCGCCGAACCAGAAGACUACCAAGUUACCUUCAAAAAAGGCUUCCACAAAGUCACCGGAGCCCGAUUCUACAAAAAGAUACCGAUACCGUGCCGACCUCAGAAAACAUUCGUGGUAUUCGUGUUGGAGGUACCGGAGGAAAUUCCCGAGGAAGAUAUCCGCCAUUCCUUGUACAAGUUCCACAGCGUUGUCGAAGUCAGCCGUCUCUCGCCGACCCAGGGCGGCUCCUCCGCUUCCACCUCCAAUAUUCCCGCUCCAGUUCGGAGCGCGGACAAGGGGUCGGCGGGCGGGGCGAUGGGCGCCCCCUCGGGCCCCGACCCUAGCGCGGGAUCCUCGGCGCCCCCUCCGAUCGUGCGGGUCACGCUUGCCUCCCUGGACGAGUGCAACGUCCUCCUACAGAACGGCUUCGACUUCUUCGGCGCCACCUUCUUCCCCACCGAACCGGCCAUCCCCACAAGUCUCGUCCGCACCGGCGCUAAAAAACUCACCGUCAACAACAGCCGUUUAUCGGAUCUGGUUGCUUCGAACGGGCAAAGAAUUCGAGAUGCCCUCCCUGUCUUCGACGCAGCUGGCUUUGCCAAGAUUCCUCCUCCAGCGACGAAAACAAUUGUGCCGCGAUUCUAAUUCCUACGGAUCAAAUGCAGAAGAUUCAAAGGUUGCCAUUUGCACCAUAACUUUACUCAGUUUCUAUGCGUUUCUUCCAAAAUAACACAAAGUUCCUCGUGAUAAUUCCUAGUUUAACUAUAAAAUGUUUCUGUUUUGUGAACAAACAAAAAUCUAUUUGUUCAAUAAAUAAUUCUAUAAAAAUUGA